AUGUCGAAGGUUGUGAGGAGCGUGAAGAAUGUCACCAAGGGCUAUUCUAUGGUGCAGGUGAAGGUCCGGAAUGCUACAAGCAACGAUCCUUGGGGCCCAACGGGCACAGAGAUGGCUGAAAUUGCCGCUCUGACGUUUAAUAGCCCGAACGAGUUCUACGAAAUCGUGGAGAUGCUAGACAAGCGAUUAAACGAUAAAGGAAAGAACUGGCGACACGUCCUGAAAUCUCUAAAGGUUGUGGAUUAUUGCCUUCACGAAGGAUCGGAACAGAUGGUCACUUGGGCGACAAAGAACCUGUACAUCAUUAAAACUCUCCGAGAGUUCCAGUAUAUCGAUGAAGAAGGGCGCGAUGUUGGCCAGAAUGUCCGAGUCGCUGCGAAGGAACUCACAUCAUUGCUUCUUGACGAAGAGCGCCUGAGAAGCGAGCGAUCCGAUAGGAAACUAUGGAAAUCGCGGUUCGCUGGCAUGGACGAUGGCAUGCGAGGGAUCGAGGGCGGCGAUAUGGCACAACGCCCACGACGACGCGAGCGCCCUCACCGUCCCACCGAUGAAGAAGACGCCGAAUAUAGGCUCGCGAUUGAGGCCAGCAAACACGAGGCAGAGGAGGAUCGAAAGCGCAGAGAAAAGAACGCAUCAAAGGAGAUUGACGAUGACGAGCUCGCCAAAGCCAUCAGACUUAGUAAAGAGGAGGAAGAACUCCGAAGACGGGAGCUCGAGGAGAGCAAUGCUGCCUCUCUCUUUGACGAUUCGACUCCUCAACCUGCCCAGCCGCAACCCACUGGCUACAAUCAAGGGUACCAGCAGCAAGGCGCUGUCGACUGGUUUGGCAACCCUGUUGACGCCCAACAGCCAAUGACCACGGGCUUUUUGAACAACCAAUAUUCACAACCUACCGGAUUCCAGCCCCAGCAGACAGGCUUUGGAAACGGAUACCCGAACGGCUUCCAGCAACAGCCAACCGGAUUCGACCAGUCGCAAUUUCAACAGCAGCAGCAGAACUUCCUGCAGCCUCAACCUACGAUGCAGCCACAGCAAACUACCUUCACCGGCAACCCGUAUGGAAAUGAUCUUUUCGGCCAACACCAACAGCAACAACCGCAGCAGCAACAGCAGGACAACCUCCUUCAACCUGGCUCCCAUAACCCUUGGGCUAUGAACCAACAGCAAAAGCCAGCUGACGCCCUGAAGCCAGCUCCGACUGGUUCCAACAACCCAUUUGCAUCCUCCUUCACACGCACCCAAGCUCAACAGUCACAGGUGCAAAAUACUGGGCCGCCAUCACUCAACACCCUUGCAGAACAGAAAACUGCAACCCAAUUUAAUAAUCCUAUCAUGAACUACCAGGCGCCGCAACAACAGCAGCAGCAACAACAGCAGCAGCCCAUGAACACACAGCAACCCAUGAACAACCAACAACAAGCUCCCCAAAAUCCACAACACGCCCGCCUGAACGCCCUCCUUGCCGCCGGCGACGGCCAAGAUACGUUUGGUAACGUGGGUGAUCUACGUAUCCCCGCUCAGCAUACCACGCCCGGUGUCUUUGUUAACUCUGCUGGAUCUGGGCUCAACCAACUCCAAGCCUCCAGGACGGGCAACAACCCGUUCCUAACGCAGAAUUUCACCGGCGCUCCUCAACAACAGAACAAUGCUGCCUAUGGCUCACAACAAGGAUUUGGACGUCCGAAUCAACAAGGCAGCAGCAACCUUAUUGAUCUGUGA